AUGUCACAUGACAUGUUCUACAAUGUCAUGCAAAGAAAUUUUGAUGAUAUGAACGAGGAAUACUUUGACAAUAAUAGUCAGGAAAGAGUCAUUCAAGAUAUGAUACGCAGACUAGGCAUAAUUCUUCAUAACACAUCUAAGAAAGGUCUUAAUGACUUUGAGAUGAUCGUUCAUGUAACAUUAGACAUUGACAAAGUUUCCCAUGGUAGAGAGAUUUUGUUACGAGAAGAAUCGAGGAGGUUCAACGGGAUGGUACCUGCUUAUGAGCCAUCCAUGGAGUUGUUAAAGAGAAUGGAUCAGACAUCCAUGGGGUUGCUAAAGAGAAUGGAGGUAAUUGAUGAAGAAUGUAGGAAUGAUGAUUGUGUGAUUUGUCUGGAAAAAAUUGGGAAGGAAGAGGUGUCGUGCCUGCCUUGUUCACAUUUAUUUCAUGGAGAUUGCAUUAUGGAUUGGUUGGAGAUUGGUCACUGUUGCCCUAUUUGCUGUCAUGAGAUACCAAGUGCCCGUUGA